AUGCUUGUGAACGAACGUCCGAACUCGAAUGUGGAGGAAGAGGCGCGGUCCACUACACAUGAGUUGGAAUUGGACGAGCUCUCAUACCCUGAAGGCGGCAAAGAUGCAUGGUUAGUUGUGGCUGGGGCUUGGUGUGCCAUGAUACCAUCCAUGGGUCUUCUCAACACCUUGGCUGUCCUCCAAGCUUGGGUAGUAGAGUACGAGCUCCACGGACUGUCAGAGUCGACGAUUGGCUGGAUUUUCAGUACAUAUGCGUUUUUUCUAUAUUUUUGCGGCGCUCAAGUUGGUCCAAUUUUUGAUGCCCAUGAUGCAAAGUUUCUUGUGGUACCCGGAUGCAUUGGUAUCGUGGCAUCUGUCAUGCUGCUGAGUGUCUGCAAAGAGUUUUAUCAGUUCCUGCUCACUUUUGGUGUGCUUGGCGGUAUAUCCGCUUCUCUCCUUUUCAACCCAAGCAUUGCUUCCAUUGGUCACUGGUUCUCCAAGCGACGCGCACUUGCAACUGGCAUCGCUUGUACUGCUGGGGGUGUUGGUGGCGUGGUGUUCCCUCUCAUCAUCCUCUACGUGGCUCCUCGAAAGGGAUUUCCAUGGGCUAUUCGGAUAGUCGGCUUCAUUUGCGUGGUAAUGUCGAUCCUAGCAUGCCUGCUUCUUAAGAAGAGGCUACCUCACAAUAAGCAAGCGGGUGCGGCCAUAGACAUCAAGGCGUUGAAAGACGCCAAGUUCGCCUUAACAACUCUGGCUGUUUUUCUCAUUGAGUUCGCCGUCUUCAUCCCAUACACCUAUAUCUGCUCCUACGCCAUCCACGGUGGCAUUGGACUGCAGAAGUCACUGCUUCUCAACGCCCUUCUCAACACCGGCGCUAUCCCUGGCCGUGCCCUUCCAGGUUACGUUGCCGACCGCUUUGGUCCAUUCAACGUUAUGUGCUUUACGGCUCUUGUCUGUUCCACUUUCAUUUUCGCUUUAUGGUUGACUGCCCAAGGCGGUGAGGCAGCAACCACUGCCUUUGCCGUUCUCUUCGGAUUUUGGUCGGGCGCCGCAAUCAGUCUAACGCCAGUUUGUAUCGGCCGGGUGUGUAAAACAGAGGACUUAGGCAAGAGAAGCGGAACCGCUUUCUCGAUCUCCAGCAUCGCCGCAUUGGCUGGUGUGCCAUUAGCUGGAGCUAUUCUGCAGUUUUGCGGUGGUGCUUACUACGGCAUAAUUCUCUUUGCUGGUGGCUUGUACGUAUUGGCUCUUUUGGCCUUCACCGCAGCAAGAGGUGUCGGUGGUGGCUGGGGAUUAUCAGUAAUAUACUGA